UCAGCAGCAUUUGACACUGUCAAUCAUGAUAUCCUGUUAUCCAUACUCUGGAACAUGGGCAUCACAGGCCACGCACACUCCUGGUUUCAAUCUUACCUUACUGGUCGGUCCUUCAUCUCAGUGCGGAUCUCAGAUUGUCUCUCUGACAUAUCUGCAUGGAUGAAAGCCCAUCACCUUCAGCUGAACCUGUCCAAAACUGAACUGCUGGUCUUCCCAGCUAAGCCAACCAUACAGCUGGACAUCUCCAUCACUUUUGACUCCAUACCUCUGGCUCCUACCAGUGUAGUACGUAACUUGGGAGUCAUGAUUGAUAAUCAGUUGACCUUCACGGAUCACGUUGCCUCUGUCACCCGAUCAUGCCGUUUCACUCUGUUCAACCUAAGAAAGAUCAGGCCAUACCUAACCGAACAGGCCACCCAGCUCCUGGUGCAGACUAUGGUUAUCUCCCGUCUUGACUACUGCAAUGCUCUUCUAACGGGCCUCCCAGCUUGUGUUGUCAAACCACUACAGAUGGUCCAGAAUGCAGCAGCGCGUCUGGUCUUCAAUCAGCCUAAAAGGGCACAUGUCACCCCCUUACUCAUUGAGUUACACUGGCUACCCAUAGCUGCCCGCAUCAAAUUCAAAUCUUUAAUCCUAGCCUACAAAAUUCUCCGUGGGUCUGCUCCUGUCUACUUAGGUGCACUAAUAAAAGCUUAUGUCGCCCCACGACCACUCCGCUCGUCUGGGGAACGUAGUCUGGUGGUCCCCAGACCUUGUACAAGACAAUCCAGGCUCUUUUCAUGGGUCGUUCCACGUUGGUGGAACGCUCUACCAAGUGCUACAAGAACAGAGUCAUCCCUGCCUAUCUUCAAGAAGCUCCUGAAGACCCAGCUCUUCCGAGAG